AAGAAGUCAGCUUACCUGCGACAAUACCCGGAUAUUAGUCACUCUGAAUCGCAAUCGCCCCCAGAUCAAGGCGAUACCUCAAAUCUCCUCUCGCGACACGACAUGGCAGAAUUCGCUCCUCCCUCUGGCCCGCCUCCGCCAAAGGUUCCUGAAGGCUGGAAAGCGAUAUGGAAUGCGCAAUACAGCGAGUGGUUCUUUGUGAACAUCUACACGAAGCAGUCACAGUGGGAUAAGCCAAAUGAACCCGCUUACCCGCCCGGCGAAGGUCCGCCCCAUGGCCCACCUCCAGGAUAUGGGCAGCCAGGGUCGGGAGGCAUAGGCGGUCAUUCGACAGGAACAAGCGAGAAGUCGGGUUUCGGCAGCAACAACCCAUAUGCGGGCACUGGCGCGAAUAUCACUGAAGACGAGAAGCUAGCGAGAAGGUUACAAGAAGAGGAAGAAGCGCGCGCAGGAAGACCAGGCGAACAUCGCGGAGCUGCGAACGACUUUUACAAUCAGCCAGGCCAGUCACAGGCGGGACAGUAUGGCGGCUACCCGCAGCAGAGCGCAAGUCCCUACCCGCAACAAACGCAGACACCGUAUCAAGACAACUCUAUGCAAGACAAGGGCAAAAGCAAGGGAGGACUUUUGGGCAAGUUGUUAGGAAAGGCAAGCGGCCACAGCUCGAGCUCGUCAAAUGCAUACCCUCAACAACAUGGCCAGCAAGCACCUGGAGGAUACUACGGCGGAGGAUAUCAACAACAACCUAUGGGUUAUGGCAUGCAACAAGGAGGAAGACGUCCUGGUGGUGGCAUGGGUGCCGGUGGAGCGCUAGCUCUAGGUGCCGGUGGAGGUCUCCUAGGUGGCGCGUUAUUAGGCUCUGCAAUGGCUGACGCGGGAGAUGGCGGAGGCGACGGCGGUUAUGGGGGUGGUGAUGGGGGCGGGGACUAUGGUGGCGGAGACGGAGGAGGAGAUUUUGGUGGAGGAGAUGGAGGAGGCGACUUUGGUGGCGGCGGGGAUUUCUAGUCUGGUGCAGUCAGAGUGGGAUAUCAUUCCUUGGUUUCUUUUUUUCAUGUACAACGACACUGGUGGC